AUGAGGACCCUCGUUCUCCUCGCUGCCCUUCUCCUCGUGGCCUUCCAGGCCCGGGCUCAGCGCCUGCAAGAGACAGCUGACCAGGUUCCCGCCCGGGAUCAGCCUGAAGCCAAGGACCAGGACCAGCUUCUGGCCGAGGACCAGGACAUGGCCAUCACCUUCACAGGAGAGGAACGUCUCACUCGGGAAGCUUCAGCCCUUCAGAAAAGAAACGUCUGCACGUACAGAGCCAGCCCCUUCUGCAGGUUAAAUGAGAGAUACUAUGGAAGCUGUUGGAUAUCUGGCCGUCCACGCAGACUUUGCUGUCGCUGA